AUGGAAUUGGACAUAAUAAAUUGGCAUAACAAAGAAGUUUUAGAUUUAUUACAAAAAGACAAAAUUUCCAGCCGCAUAAUUGAAAUAUGUAAGUCACAAGACAUAGAUGGACAAUGUCUUCUAUCACUUAUCGAUCGAGAUUUCUACGAAUACCCAUUUGAUCAAUUAAAACUUGGUGAAAGGAAGAGAUUCAUUUUACUGGUGAAAAGACUGCAAAGAAAAAAUCGAGCGUCUAUGUUUGAGCUCGGACUUUGUGAUGAUCCUUUUUACAGUAAUCCAGCUACGAAUAUCAAUUUCCUCGGAACUAAUUUAUCCCAUUUAAGUUAUGACCUACAUAAUCAAUUACAGAAUGAACUUGCAUAUAGCAGAAACUCAGACUGCAUUUCAAAUUUUACUCCUGAAGUGAAAGCAUCUAAAUUAAGACCUGAAGUUUGGAAAACUUUAAUUGCUCUUGGUUAUGUAUUUCUGGUUACAUGGGUAACAGCUGUAGUAAUGGUGAUUGUGCAUGAUAAGGUACCAGACAUGAAAAAAUAUCCUCCCCUGCCAGAUUUGUUCUUAGAUAAUGUACCACAUAUUCCAUGGGCUUUUGAUAUGUGUGAAAUAACUGGAUCUCUACUGCUGGCCAUAUGGUUGGUCGUGCUGUUCUUCCAUAAACAUAGAUUUAUAAUACUUCGGCGGUUCUUCGCGUUAGCUGGUACUGUGUUCCUGUUGCGAUGCUUCACGAUGCUAAUUACAUCCCUUUCGGUGCCUGGGUCGCACUUGAAAUGUGAACCUCGUUUCUAUCCACCUGCUGACGACCUCACAGUAUGGGGGCGAAGGCUCAAACAGGCCUAUGAUAUUUGGAGCGGAGCUGGAAUGUCUGUAAGGGGCGUCCGGACGUGUGGCGACUAUAUGUUCUCGGGACACACUGUCGCAUUGACGCUGUUGAAUUUCUUCAUAACAGAAUACACCUCGCGCAACCUGUACUUGCUGCACAUCCUGACAUGGGUAAUGAACAUGUUCGGAAUCUUCUUCAUCCUCGCAGCGCACGAGCACUACUCCAUUGACGUGUUCAUCGCGUUCUAUAUCACUUCACGCCUGUUUCUGUACUACCACACGCUUUCCAACAACCAGGCGCUUAUGCAGAAUGAUUCUUCCAGGACGAGAAUAUGGUUUCCGCUCCUAUCCUUCUUCGAAUCCGAAGUUGAUGGCAUUGUACCCAACGAGUACGAGGGGCCGAUGACGGUACUGAACAAUCUGAAGCAAUGGUUCAUCCAGUUAGUCACUGACGUCAAGACUUCCUCCAUGGCCAAGAUCGCCGGCUCCAAGCUGCAAGAGGGUGCAGCGAUGGGCGAAUACUCCGUAGUUAAAUUAGUAGACGGGAUAAAAAGGAAUCUGAGUCUUAUAGAAGAAUAUAAAAACUCGCGCCAACGAUUAGUCACUUUAGAUAAAAAUGUACAAGCGGGAAUGCUUGAUGAGCUUCCAGAUAACGAACUUCGGUACAGAAACGUACCAGAACUGACCAGUGACAGUCGGCUCCAAAACUUUAGCUCCCCACCUUCGCCGGCAUUGAAAAAAAGUAUAUGA